GUAAAACAAUAUCUUGAAACACACGUGCCGUGGGAAUGGGAAAGCAAAAUAAAGCACAGAAAUCUUUACCAACAAAAGCAAAAAUGAAAGGAAUAAAGAAAAGAAAGAUUGUAGAAUUAGAAAAAGAAAAACCAUCCAAAGUUACAGAUAUGGGCAGUGACGAUGAGAGUGUGGUUGAUGACAGUGACAUUGAUUCUGGUGAUAGUGAUUUACAUAGCAAUGAAGGCUAUGAAUCAGAUGUUAAUGAGGAAGAGAGUGACGAGGACAGUGACGAUGAUGAUGAAGAAGAAGAUGAUGAAGCAGAUGACAAUGAAGGAGAUGAGGAGGAGGAAGAGGAAAAAGUAGACAAUCAAAUGGUCAAAAAUAAACAGGACAAAAAGAAAAGGAAACUGAAUUCACAACAGGCAGAUUCUUCUGAAUCAACAAAGAAAAAGUUGAAAACAGAAGCUGAUUCAAAGGAAGAAGAGAAAUUGCCAGGGACAACGGUAGGGGGCGGAAUCCUGACCGAUACCUCUUUCUCCUCACUAGAGGGCGUUGUCUCCGACCUCUCUCUGAAGGGGAUCGCUGACAUGGGCUUCACCCACAUGACAGAGAUACAGGCCAGCACUAUUCCCCACCUAUUGGAGGGCAGGGAUUUAAUGGGAGCAGCCAAGACAGGAAGUGGUAAGACGUUAGCCUUCCUGCUGCCCGCAGUAGAACUGCUGUACAAACUCAAGUUCAUGCCUCGCAAUGGUACUGGCUGUAUUAUAAUCUCUCCCACUCGGGAGUUGUCCAUGCAGACUUUUGGGGUCCUGAAGGAGUUACUGAAAUAUCACUGUCACACUUAUGGUCUGAUCAUGGGGGGCACGAGUCGUGUGGAGGAAGCCAAGAAACUUGGCAAGGGGAUUAACAUCCUUGUCGCCACACCUGGUCGAUUACUUGACCAUUUACAGAAUACCCCUAACUUCAUGUAUAAGAACCUCCAGUGUCUGAUUAUUGACGAGGCGGACAGGAUCCUGGAGAUUGGAUUCGAGGAGGAAAUGAAACAGAUCAUGAAGCUUCUGCCAAAGAGGCGUCAGACAAUGUUGUUCUCAGCCACACAGACAAGGAAGGUGGAGGACCUGUCGCGGAUUUCUCUGAAGAAGGAGCCGCUGUACGUCGGUGUGGAUGACAGGAAGGACAGCGCCACUGUGGAGGGUCUGGAGCAGGGUUACGUCGUUUGUCCGUCAGACAAGAGAUUUUUACUGCUCUUCACCUUCCUGAAGAAAAAUCGGAAAAAGAAAGUGAUGGUUUUCUUCAGUUCUUGUAUGGCUGUCAAAUACUACCACGAGCUUCUGAACUACAUAGAUAUACCAGUGAUGUGUAUACAUGGAAAACAAAAACAGACAAAGCGGACCCAGACCUUCUUCCAGUUCUGUAACUCUAAGGAGUCCAUUCUGUUGUGUACAGACGUAGCGGCCCGAGGUCUGGACAUCCCUCGAGUUGACUGGAUCGUCCAGUUUGACCCACCAGAUGACCCAAAGGAAUACAUCCAUCGUGUUGGUAGAACAGCACGUGGGGAGGGGGGUAUUGGUCACGCUCUGUUGAUUCUACGUCCUGAGGAGCUGGGAUUCCUGCGAUAUCUGAAACAUGCCAAGGUCCCACUGAAUGAGUUUGAUUUCUCCUGGAGUAAGAUUUCCAACAUACAGGCACAGUUGGAGAAACUGAUAGAGAAGAAUUACUUCCUACACAAGUCCGCACAGGAAGCCUAUAAAUCUUACAUCCGAGCAUUCGCCUCUCACAGCCUCAAAAAUAUCUACGACGUCAACAGCUUAGAUCUCCAGAAGGUGGCGCUGUCAUUCGGAUUCCGUAACCCACCCUACGUAGAUCUGGAUGUACAUGGAAAGAAAGGAGGCAAAAACAAAGGUCACAGAGGUAAACCUGGAGGAUUUGGUUACCAUAGAGACAAGUUUGAACACAAAGCAAAACUGUAUAAACCACUGAAAAGUAAAGGACACGGCAAGAGACAAUUCAGUCGGUGACCCAUGGAGGUUUAUCAGACACUGUUGACAUGGAAACAAAAUUAAUUGACCCGAGGUCCUUUAUCAGUGACCUUUCAACUUAAUGUGAUGUGAGGUAGGAGGGGGUGAAGUUAUACAUGUAUUUACUACAUUGCUGUCUUAUUUCACACCACUGACCAGGAAGUUGAUUAGGAAAGCAAAUAAAUGUUAGCUGACAUUUGUAAGAAACUGUGUUCUAAUGGUUAUAGAAGAAAAGGUUUAAAUAUGAAAUCUUGUUCAAUGUAAAUUCAUUGUACUUGUAUAUAUAUUUGAUUUUAGAGGAUGGAUCAUAAAUGAUAAUGCAGAUUUUUGUCAUUUCUGAGUUAGUUAAGAUUCUUAGGUACCACUUCAUAAGGUCAAGCACCACUAUAUUGAUAAAUUUUUAUUGAUAUUAACAAAGGAAUAGUAAUUUUUUAAAAAAAUUUCUUCUAAAUUUUAUUUCUACAAUUAUUCCCCUUCUUGCAAAAACAUUUGUAUAGAACACAUAAUACUAUUUCUUGUUAUAACUUUGUUAUGAAUAAAUUUUUG